AUGGACGCGGAAAUUCAUUAUUCGGCGACGCCAUUCAAAUUACUGCCGAAACAGUCUGCAAGUGAUACAGUGAUCAGUCACACGCUCCCAGUGCACUGCCGCGGCAACGACGCGGACACAAACGGAAUUAUCUGCACAAAAGUGGGCAGCACCAAUUCACAGCACAGUCGCACGAAACUCACUCUCUCGGUCCAUCCCACGCCCCGCCUCAAAAGGCCGCGGCAAGCACCAAUCAACAAAAUAUUGAAGCGGGAAAAAACAAAUUCCCUGCAGGCCCUUCAGGGCUCCACAGCAACGCCACCAACAGGAGCGUGCAUCCCUAUGCUUGCAGCAGUGCAGGCCUCUUUGCUCCGGGCCUCUCGGGGCGUUGAGCACCUCCCCGACCAUCUCGCGCUCAAAAAGCAAGCCUCACGCAGAUGUCAUCCAUUUUCUCCGCAAAUGGUGUUGCCGCGAUGA